CAUACCAUCUCUAGAAACAGCUUUUUGUUUUUCGGGUUUUCCAGAGGUGAGUGGUCUGCUUAAAACAUUACACUCAAACGAAAGAGCAAAAAAGAGUUAUUCAAAACUUGGGCAAACAUAGAAACCUUGUCAGAUCAGCAGUACACGCCUGAAUAAAAUUAGUUUCUCCUAAAAUACACCCCCGCCAGCUGUGGAGGAUUCCAAAAAUGGCAGCAGUUCCUGUCAGAGCAGAGUGGAACUUUCCUAUUUUUCUUCCAAUUUUGUCAACUAUCGGAUAAAUUUUCCCUACUACGGUGAUAUUUUUGAUUCAACUAAACAUUAGCAGGACUAUAGAGAGUUUGGGUAGCCAUCAGUUUCUGGGUGACUUGGUCCCGGGGCUUCGUGUUUGGUCGGGAGAUCACCGGGCUUCCCUCGAAGUUGACGCCGCUCUUCUUUUCUCAGGCUCCCCCUGACAACAGCUCACUGAACGCGGAACUUUCAGCUCAGCCUGGACAUCGGCGGUAGCUAGCUAGUUAGCUUGCCGGCCGAAGAGCGCCGAAAACAAACCAGCGUCAUCUCGGUUUUUUCCCCUUCAUUCAGCUGAUACCCGCUCGGAGAUCCAGGAGACGUGUCGCGUCACUUGUCAGGGGAAAUAAAUAUCUGGUGUUAGAUGUCAGCACCAGUCAGAGACGCACUGACUUUCUUCUGCUGUUAUCAUCUAUCCUAGCCAAUCACAUGGAGAAGCUCCAGGAUUUGGGCCAAUCAGAGCUGCAGGAGCUCCUGGACAAUCCAGAGAGGGUGGAGUCUAUGACUCAGGAGUCUGACGAGAUUCAGAAUAUCCAGCUGGAGAGAGAGAUGGCGCUGGCGGCCAAUCGCAGCCUGGCAGAGCAAAACCUGGACAUGAAACCUCGUUUGGAGUCCCUAAAGGAGGCGCUGGUGGCGAGAUACUCCCAGCUGGAGGCCGUCAGAGAAACCUUCCGGCAGCACUGCUCCCAGAGAGAUGGGAUGGUGGGUCAGGUCUCUCCAGAGGCGUUCUUCUCAAGACUACAAACAGAAAGUGAAAAAACAGAGUCUGAGUCAGAGGCUCUGGCCGAUGACUUCCUGGAAGGUUCUCUGUCCCUGGACUCCUUUUCUGAGCGUUUCCUCCUCCUGCGCUCGCUCGCUCACAAAAGACGCGUGCAGAUAGAGAAACUCCAAGAAAUCCUGCGACAGAGGGACCAGAGCAACCCGACCGCCAUGACAUCAACAGCUGGCGUUGCUCCAAACCCCGUCGCCACGGCAGCUUCUUGGAACCUACCGACGACAACGGUGACAACGACAAAUCUGCCGCAGCCGAACUCCAACCCGCCAUCCUCCAGCUACCAAAACUCCUCACAGUCAGCCUCGUCUUCUGCAGUUGGAGCCUCUGGGCUUCCGUACAGCCCGUACCCUGCUUCCCCUCCCAACCCGCCUGCUGUAGUGGCAGCGGCGGGGCCGAUCCCAAACAAUCCGCCGCCACAGUUCACUCCGUACCCGAGCUCUGGCUCGUCUUUCACCCCGGCCGCGGGCUACUCCGGGCCCAGACCGGCAUUCGGGCCGCCUUCCUCCGUCACCUGCCCCUACCCGACCCAACACCCGUUUCCUGUUCCGCACCCCGGCUCUGCGUUCGGUCAGUACACCCCCAGCCACCCCCCUGCCGGCGGCCCGGCGCCGUACCCGGCCUCCUACAGCUAUGGUGGCUACAGCUACCCGGCCGCGCCGGCGUAUUCCAAUUCUCAGUCUCCAACAGGGAAGCCCAUGUACAGAGCCGGGUACGGCGUUCCCCAGCCGUACUCCUGAAAGCACUGCUGCUGAUCGGCCUCACACUGCAGAAACACUGAACCUCUCCAAGUAUUUCUGAUGUAGUUUCUACUGCAAAUAUCUUAGUACACUUAAAAUAUGACAAAACUAACUUACAAAUAACUUCCCAGUAAAUUAUAGCAUGUUGCUUUACGUAUUCCUUUAUUGUUGUAAAGAAGUCCUAGUUCAACUGGCAGAUUAUUUCACUUAUAAGUAGAGGUGCACCGACUGCAGUUUUCUGGCCGAUCAUCAGUCUUUAAAAAGCCUGACCUGCCAAUUCAGAAUUUGGCUAAUACCAAUGUUUUUUUUCUGAAAUGUUGCUAAAUGUAGCAAGAAAGUCGCUGAGUUUUCAACAGUAGGGUGAUUAUUGUUAGCUGCAUAUGUGCAAACCUGACCUGGUGGGUCAGUCAGUGAAACCUCUAAAGGCAGAGCAGCAGAGGACAGAGCCUGAUCUUUAGACCUUUACUGAGGCAGAUAAGAUCUCCUUCACAUGCAUGUAUCAACCGAUCACUGAUAUCCCAGAAUUAAGGAGGUCUGGGCCAAUUUACUGCACCUUACUUGUUUUAGUGAAUAAUUUCUUAAUAUUGACACUUCCACUGGAAGACUGUUCCACUUAUUACAACACUGCAAAAACACAAAAUCUUACCAAGUAUUUUUGGUGUAUUAGUUUUUGGUCUUUUAGUGCAAAUAUUUUAUUACACUUGAAAUAGGACAGAACUAACUUACAAGUAAAGUUUCAGCAACAUAUAGAAGCUGAGUUUAAGAUAAUAAUUCCUUAAUAUAGAUGAAAAUGUUCUAAUUCCAUCAGCAGAUUAUUUUAUUGACAAAACGAUUUCCCCAUGUUGUAUGUGAAAAAAUCUGCCGGUGGAACAAGUAGUUGUUUUUUAUGAAUAUUAAGGAAUUUUGCUGAAAAGUUACAUGUAAGUUAAUUUUCCUAUUUUUUUUCUAAAACAUUUGAACUAGAAACUAGAUUAAAAAUACUUGGUAAGAUUUUGUUUUUGCAGUGAAGACAAUUUUCUCCUAAGUGAAAUAAUCAGCCAGUGCGACUAAUACUUACUGAUCAAGAUAAAGGGAUUAUUGACAUAUAGCUACAGUAUGUAACUUUUGUU